UGGAUGCUGGCGUGGAGCCAGGAGCGACGCCGCGAGUACGAGGACCGACUCGACUCGGCCCGCGGGGUACGUUGCGCCAUCGUAUGGAGCUUGCCUCAUAGGCGCAGCACCGAGGUACCUACCGCGAUGAGCCCCGGCGAGACCACGACCGCCCACGCGUCUCGGCCCGUGACCCGGGCUACGCCGACGAGCGCCACUACCGAGCCGCCAUGGAGCACGAAAAGAGGUCUUCGCCACGUACUAAGUCGGUGCGGGGAGAUUUCCAUGCCUCUCGCCCACACGAGCACCGCCGGGACGACCAUGCAAUCCCUCGCGCCAGCACCAAGAACAUCUCGGGCAUUGCUGCGUUUCACGAAGACGAGUACGUCGGGUACUUGCAAGAGCGCCGCGAAAUGAAGGCGUCGCGGCCGCCGGAUCGAGGCAAAUGGAAGUGCAUGGGCACGACCUUUAUGGCAGACGCCGAGCACUCGUGCUUGUACGUGCCGUCUACCGACCGGGUCGUCGUGGAGCGGCAGUUCUGGACCUGGGCGGGCCGCGAGGUCAUCCUUGACAAGGUUGUCUCGUCCGAGACGCCUGUUGAAACGGGAGAUGACGACGAACGGCUGCCUGCCUACGACCUCGCCCCGCACCAGCAGCUCAUGGGUCACGACCCGUGGACGGACAUCAAACCGUUGCCGAUGCCACCGAGCGUUGGGGAUGGGAAGAAGGAGAGUGCAGAGGCAAAAGCAGUGGCGACUCCUCCCAUGCAAGCAGACAAGCCCAAGGCAGAAGGCGACGACAAGGCAAGCAGUGCCAAGCCUGCAAACGAAAGCCGCGCGGCUGACCCCGCACCUUCAAAAGCCUCCAGCGAGCCGGCACCCAAGGACGACGCCACGCGCGCUGCGACCGAGCCGUCACCAGCAGCAGCGUUGCGCGAGCAUGCAGUCGACGAGACGAAAACCACAUCAUAAACCACAUGACAAUUAUGUACAACUUCUACGAAA